UUUUAAACAUUUUCAAUGACCAUUUUCAGUGGUGUCAAGUUAUAUUUUUCCAUGUCUCUUGAAUAUUAGCUAAUUAAAACGGGAAAUGUAAUUACAAGAUUAAGAGAACUGCGUGUCAACUGCUACUGUAUAUUGAUUGUAUAUAUUCAUGUUAAUCCUCCAAUGGAAAUUUGUAUUUGUUGGGACUGCCUGCCGUUUUUUGCUGAAAUAAUUUGGAUCCUUCAACAGUUGAUCCAAGAGCACCAGUGGUCAACACUCGUACCUCAAGUGACACCAGGAGCUUGUCCCUGCAAUUAAGAAAGGAAGUCACACACAUCUGGGAUGACAUGAAGUGGAUCAUGUCAUCUCACAAACGAAUCCUCCGAGCUCUUGCCAACGGCCCGACGCGGCGAAAUCUUUUCGGUCCAGUGGAUCGCGAGCAGCUUCAGGUGGAGUAUCGCGACGCGUUGCGCAAAGACCUGGAAGAUGCGAUGCGCCGCUGGAGCUUCGAUUUCAAAUCAGAGAAGCCACUAGAGGGCGGAGACUUCCAGUGGGAGUGCGUGUCCGGAGUUCGAGUACCUGUACUUUACCGCAGCUGCCAGAAGGGGGCGCAGUGGAGGCCGUGCGGAGAAUCGCCAUGUGAAAAUCUGCCUGGGCCGUCCGGCGUCGGGAAAGAAAACAUCCCCAAAACACCAAAGCGGUUCAUUUCUGUGCCGCAGGAUGUGGAGAAAACGCCAGAGAAGAACGCGGCGCUGAAAAGAAAACAGAUGAAUAUCACAGAUUUCUACCAAGCAAAGAAGAGACUGGUGGCCACACCUCGCAAAUCAGGAAAUUAACUCUAACACACACAAACACACACUCUCAGGAACUCUGUGUGUGAUGCCUGGACUCAUACCCUCAUCACAAGAAUAAGGAAACAUGUAUUGAUAUAAACACUACAUCAACACCGUUACCUGCCUUCAGUGUGUUUUUACGUAAGAAGAUCACUAAAAACAAUCAUUUGAACCAUUUUCAGGAGUUCUGUCCCAGUUCUGGUGUCUGAUCUGUGCUGGUGUCAUGGACAGAUCCUUCACUACAUGAACUGAAAGUGUACAAGAGUACCAGCGUCGUUCCUGAUUAAUACUGUCUACAAUAAGUGGCGACCAAAAAUACCUUUCUGUUUAGAGUUUGUGUUAUUUUAUUUGUGUUACCUUCAAUCAUGCUGUUUGGGUUAUUCGGUUGGUAAUAGAAUAGGAAAUGGGGUCUUUGUCGUUCCUUCUUUUAGCACUUACUGUUAAAUGUUUUUACGUGGACGGUUAACAUUUCAAGAAAUUUAUGUUUAAGAAAUGCUGGUUCUGGGAAGAUGCAAAACGUCCAUGACUGAAUCUUUCGGAAUUGGUCUGUCAAAAAGACCACAAAAUUAUGACGAAAAAACUGGUCAGACAGACCAGUUUAUUUGACAGAGUUUCAUUCACUAGAACAAUACGACUUCCGAUAUAACAUUGAUUUUUCAGUGUAUAUAUAUAUAUAUAUAUACACAAAUGUAUUGCUUUAUUGCACAAAACAUGCUAAUUUUUUUUUUACUCUAAACAACCUUUGGUGCUAAAUUUCUUUUGGCAGUUAUUUAUGGAUCCUUAAAGGUGCUGUAAGCGAUUUUUUUCAUUGAAAGUUGUUCAAAAAAUUUUCGGACUCCCUGAAAUAUAUUAAUGAAAUAAGUGUUGUGAGAUAUCUCACCGGUCUCUGUAACAGCUCUAGACUUUAAACAGUAAACAAAAAUGUGUCUGCGGUCUCUGACGCUUUCGACCUGUCAAUCAUUUUGCACGUUCUCAUAGUAUUGUAGUUGCAGUGAAUUAUUGAGGCUUAAUGCCAUUUUUAUGCCAUGUUGUUCAUAACAGUUGUCAGCUGAGGGCGCUAUUUUGCUGCUGUUGUUUUUAACAACCGUUUCUGCAUGAUGUUGGUCUCAAUAAAGCUCAUUUGUUAUCUUUAGAGGGCAGGGUUUUGGAAAGUGGGGGCGUGGCUAAUCCAACAGCUCAGUCUCGUGGAAGUAGAACGGCUAAUAUCACUUACAGCACCUUUAAUAAAGUUACUAUAAACCUAAACCUCAGUUAAACUGCCAAUCUGUUCUCAUACAGUUGCUCUCUGAACAGAGCUGCAAUUACAUUUUUCCAGUGUAAAAUUACAGUGUAUUUACAAACAUUAGACCUCAUUCAUGAAACACAAGAAUUUCUUUGUAAAUUGUUUGUAAAACUAUUUUUGUGCAAAGAUGCAUUCAUUGAUAUGCAAAACAUUUGCGUAAUAAUGUUUUACAAACUUACAAAAAUAUUUGUUCAGCUUGUGUUUUCGUGAAUGUGGCCCACAUCAACAGCGUAUUUACAAACACUCUCAGAUUUUAUUAUUUUUGUCAUGGAACAUGAACACUGAGAAUAAAAAAAUGUGACAUCCCAUUAACGUUGAGCGGGAUGUUUAAAAUAAAUGUAAUCACAGAUUUUAACGAUAAACUUUCAACAUUCGAUAAUUAAGAAACGACAAGUGCUCAUGGUCAUAUUAAUAUUCAUGGAAUUUUUCAUUCCAAAAUCUGUUCUCAUUCUGUGAUGUUUCUUGUAUCCUGAUGCUCGUAGAUUCCUGCGAUCUGUCUGUAAAUAUUCUGUUAAUAUCCACAAGAUUCACCGUUAAUUCAGAAUUGCACUCAUGUUAUUUUGAAUAGUGUAGCUUGCACAGGUCUGUUAUUGUUAAAGAGAUCAAAAUAUGUUCUGUAUUUAUUUCCAGAUAAAUGUUGUGUUGUUGAUUUACAUUUAAUUGUCCUCAAAUAAAGCUGUAUAUGAAGAGAAACUGAUUUGUUAUGGACUUGUAAUAAUUUAUUUAUUUUUCCAUUUAAAUUCCAUCGUGGUAUGCUAGUAUUCAAUUUCCAAACACAGCCUAUGCUUUACAGAUAAGUACUUCAUGCCCCAUUCUCGCAUUUUCAAAACAGUGUUGCUGUUGAAUAUAUUAUAUUUAUUUUGCCAUUGUGCGUGCAUGCCUGGGAGGCUUCCAUUGUAAGGAUAUUUCUGUGAACAGAUUUCCCAUUUGUGCAUACACACAAACUAAGAGAUGUGUCAAAAUUAUUGUAAGACAGUAUGACGCAGAUAAGUUUGAUAGAGCUUAAGCUGCAUUAAACCCAAAAUAUUCCUUUCAAGGUGCUGUAUAUGAUUUUAGCCAUUCUACUUCCACAAGACUGAGCCAUGGAUUAGCCAUGCCCCUCUUUCCAAAACCCAGCACUUAUAGAG